AUGGCCUUCUUCCUGCCCUCUGGGCGGCUGUGGUCGGAUGCCGUCAUCGGCACCACUCAGGUGCUCCGCAUCGUGGCCGGCAACGCCAUCGUCCCUGGAGCUUCCCCCUGCGUGGCCCCUCAUCUGAUGGCCUGCCUCGCCAUGGCCUGCGCCGGCGUCCACUCCUCUGUCCUGGCGGCCUUCGCGCUCGCGGCCGUGGCGUCCGACCUGACCGCGGCGUCGUCCGGCUUCGAGGAGACGUCGGGUGUGCGCCUGCUGGCGUGCGCCUACACCAUCGCUGCGGCCACGGUCACGGAGUACCGGGUGGCGGAACAGCUGAUGGAGCUGCGGGUCGGCGGCUACCGGGCGCUCAGCCUCGCCAGCCGCACCAUGGGGGGCGACGUGUACUACUCCCUGCACGACGUGUCCAGGGUCGACCCAGAGGUGUCGAGGUUCACCGCCGAGCGGCCGCCCUCGUUCGACAGCGAGGCCGAGCUCCCAGAGCCCCCCGUGAGCGCGGGCUCCCCCGAGGGCCCCCCCCGCCCUCUGCCUGCCGACAGCAGCUCCUCAUCGGAGCGAGGUUAG